AUGCGUAGAGUAAGGUUUCCAGAAGGGAAAAAGCGAACGGGUCAAAUUAGGCGAAGGAAAGAUGGCGGAGGCUUCGCUAGAGGACCCGGAAGCAGUUACCCUCCACUUCCUCCUCCUGUUUGGCUUCUGUCUCACCUAGAGCCGUCCGGUCGCAGAUUGCCUCCGAGACGCUUCCUGUCCGGUGAGUGCCGACCGACUGAAACGGCGGCCCAUAAUGCAUUUCGAUGGCGGGUAGGCGUGUGGGGGCGGAGUCAGGGCCGGAAGUGGAACGGUGGCGGCGGCGGCGGCGGUUCUGGCAGCUCGGGGCUGAGUGCAAGUAACAUAAAGUCAGCCAUGAUCCUGCAGAAGCUCUUCAGGUUCUCCUCUGUCGUCCGCUCAGCAGUUGCAGUCCAUCUGCGGAGGAACAUUGGUGUAACAGCAGUGGCAUUUAAUAAGGAGCUUGAUCCUGUACAGAAACUCUUCGUGGACAAGAUUAGAGAAUACAAAUCUAAGCGACAGGCAUCAGGAGGACCUGUUGAUGCAGGCCCAUCAUACCAGCAAGAUCUGGAGAAAGAGCUUUUUAAGCUGAAGCAAAUGUUUGGUAAAGCAGAUAUGAAUACGUUCCCUACCUUCAAAUUCGAAGAUCCCAAAUUUGAAACCAUUGAAAAACCCCAGUCCUGAAGAAAUAAUGGAAAGUUAAUCUGGUAAUUUGUCAUGGAUUACUUGUACAGUUAAUCAGAAGUAUCACAAUAAACACAUUUCACAAUUAUCAAA